ACGCCCACCCCAAUCCUCCUUUUGCCUUUCCCACCACUGCCCCCGUCCCUCCUCCAUAAAUGGAAGCGCUCGCUAUCGGAUCCGUGCCUUCCCGGCCAGGCCUACCACCUCCGACCCGCCACUCCCAUCUUCGGCGCCCCAAAACCCUACUCGCCUCCGCGCCCCCUUGCCGCAUCAUCGCCGCCGUUCCCAUGGACGGCGCCGCCAGCCGGAGCCCCGCGCCUCUCCGCUGCACUCCCGCCGAGACGGAUGCUGUGGCGACGAGCUCGGACGAGACGGCGGCCACGGCUGAAGCCACCCAGCAGGGCGACGGAAUCCCAGUGGAAGAUGCCGCCGCAAGCAUCGAGGGGGUCGACGGGAUAAAGAUUCGGAGGCGCCCGGUGACGGGGCCGUCGGUGCACUACGUUGGCCCGUUUCAGUUCCGCCUCGAGAACGAGGGGAACACGCCUCGCAACAUCCUCGAGAAGAUUGUGUGGAAUAAGGACGUUGAGGUUUGGCAGAUGAAGGAGAGAAGGCCCUUGUACAUGCUGAAAGGUCCGCUGGACAAUGCGCCUCCAGCGAGGGACUUUGUAGCGGCCCUGAAAGCAUCAUAUGAUCGGACUGCUCUGCCUGCUCUGAUUGCAGAGGUCAAGAAGGCUUCACCAAGCCGGGGGGUUCUGAGGGAGAAUUUUGAUCCGGUCGUGAUCGCUCAAACAUACGAGAUAAAUGGAGCAGCAUGCUUAAGUGUUCUUACAGAUGCAAAAUACUUCCAGGGAAGUUUUGACAACUUGGAGGCUAUACGCAAUGCUGGAGUACAGUGUCCUCUUCUGUGUAAAGAGUUCAUCAUUGAUGCCUGGCAACUUUACUAUGCACGUUCCAAGGGAGCAGAUGCUGUUCUUCUGAUUGCUGCUGUCUUACCAGAUCGUGAUAUCAAGUAUAUGCUGAAAAUAUGUAAAAUACUUGGCAUGGCUGCUUUAGUUGAGGUGCAUGAUGAAAGGGAAAUGGACCGUGUUCUAGGGAUAGAUGGUAUUCAGCUCAUCGGCAUCAAUAACCGUAAUCUUGAGACUUUUGAAGUUGAUAUCUCGAAUACCAAAAAUCUUCUGGAGGGUGAACGAGGACAACUUAUAGCCCAGAAGGGAAUAAUUGUUGUAGGGGAAUCUGGACUGUUCACACCUGACCAUAUUUCAUUUGUUCAGAAUGCUGGGGUCAAAGCAGUUCUCGUUGGGGAGUCCCUCAUCAAGCAGGAGGAUCCAGGGAAAGCAAUAGCUGGGCUUUUUGGUAAAGAUAUCUCACAUGCGAGUGCUGUGUAAAUAACGAAAUGCCGGAUCGCUCAUAUUUUGUAUAGGAAAAUGGAGCGUUUCACUUUUUUUGGAGAGUUUCGGCCGGCAAUUUUGUUUACUUGGCCAUUAUCUGCCUUCUUCUUUCGCUGCCUUUUCUUGCACCUUUUUUUUUUAAAACAAACUAGUAAUACAGUACAAGAGAUGCAACACAAAAGAUGUGAUCCAAUAAGUUGGAUGUAGCUUUUA